AUGGAUCCCUUGAUGAGAAAACGUGAGUCAGCAAGUCCCUCGGGGGGUGCUGUGUUGGAGGCCCCGGGUGAUGCAGAUGCUGCGUAUGAAACAGCCUUGAGUCAAGCUUUGCAUUGUAAUGAUGAAGCAGAUUCCGAAGGAAGGGUGCAAGAAGCAGCCCUGAUCGAUUCGAGGAGUCCAAAGGAAGAAGCACCAGUGGAAGGGCUCGUUGCCAGUCCGUUCCAUUCCGACAAAGUGCAUGCUGAGGUGGAGUUGCUGCGGAAUAGGCCAGCUACGUUAGAUGGAGACGCGCAGCGUGUCUCAGAGAUCAACGAAACUGGUCUUGGCGACAGGAUUUCCGGGGCAUGUACAGGUGAGCCACAGUAUUUUGCGGACGAAGGUUCAAGGGAAGCUACAGUGCGUGUGGCGCGGCUUGAGGGGUUUCCUGAGGGACAAUCGGGCAGCGCAGCGCUUGCUGGAGAGAUCCAGGCCGGCAGGAGGGACGACGGUGAGCCGUUGGCUGCGGGAUACGGAGUAGAGCGCGUUAGGCCCCACCCGUGUUCUGAAGGUCAAAGUGGGCUUAGUCCGGAACUGAGGAGUCCUGGAAGUUGGAAGGGUGGUUUCCCUCAGCGGCUGGAAGAGGCGUAUCAGAUGAGACCCUUCCCAGGGGAUAGCAGAGAACUGGUUCCAGCAAUCGCCGACGGAACAUCUCGGUUGGAAGCGCUACUCUUGCAAGUGAUGGAAGAGAAUAGAUCCUUGCGAAUGCGCGUGGACCAGAUGGAGACCCAAUCGAGUUGGCAUAGCGGACGAACACAGGCCACACCGCCUGAGCUGGAAGCACAUAUGAGUUCGCCGGUUUCACUGAUGAACAGUAGUGUAGGAGCUUCAAGGCCCACGGAAAGUAGGUCUGCUGGCAUUCCGCCAUUGAGCCGGGGAGGGCCCCAGACUUUCAGUCCUCCACAGGCCCAGGGCGGACCUCAAGCUCCAAUGGGGGUAGGUGGGGUUCAGAAAAGUAUGGUGGUCCAGGGUGGGUCAUUGGUGUCCGGGGACUUGGAGUCUCGGGAGUUGGUGCACUAUCAGGGAAGACAAGCUGGGCUUCAUCGAGAGGGCCAUGAACCGCGUGAGCCAUCCAUGGAGUUUGACAGACGAGGUACUGUGAUUCGACCUCCGCCGAUUCCACCGCCUCGUGAAGCUUGCCGGUCGCUUGCAGAAGCUGCAGUUCCAGGGGUUGGUGAUGCUAGGAUGCAAGCGCCAAAUACUGGGGUGAUAGGCAGCAGCGUGGGCGAGAGACCGGAAGAGCCGGCGAAAUACAUUUCGGAGCUGCCCAAGUUACCUGCGUUGGAUGUGAGUACCUCUGCGGUUGCCUGUGGCAAUUGGAUGGCGCAGCUUAGGCAGGUGUUUGCCGGGUUGAGUCCUAGUGCGUUGGUCUGGUAUGAAGCAGUGGAGAUGGCAGCUACGAAGUGUUACCAGCGAUGGCUGGUUGCUGAUCCUCUGGAUAGACUCAGCCUAGACCCAGGUGGAGUCGUCGCUGUAUUUGAUGAGGUGAAGUUUCAGAGGGUGGAGUCUAGGGCUGUAAGCCUUAUGUUGGCAGCUAUUCCACAGAGUCUGAGGGACGACGCGGUGUCGAACAGGUUAAUCCAAGCCGAGUGUGAAGCGCUUGCGUUGGGCCAAGAGGGCCAGGCGCCAGCAGUGCCUAAGGGCGGGGAGUUCUCAGGAAAUCCGGGGGUCAAGGCCCUUGAGGGAGGAACGGGGAAUGGGCAAUCGUCAGCGCAGGAAGCUUUGUUUGCGGAAGCCACGAAGCUGCUGAAGGGAGUUUCGCUCAAGCCCUUGCAGGUUCCAAGUGAAGGGGUGCUCAGCGGGUUUGGUAUUGAUCGGGGUUGGCUUAUGAGUGCUGUUGCCAAUGCUUCGGAUCCUCUCUAUGCUCCAGUUGACAGUGGAGCUACGAAUGCACUACGACCUGCAGAUCCGAUUGAGGUGGCAGAGUCCCAAGUCAUCAGGGUUGAUCUGGCUAGUGGCGGUACGCAGUUGCACAUAAACAAGCAUGGGACUCUGCUGAGCGAAGCAGCAUGUCAAGUCAUCAUUCCUGCAGGGUACUUGGUUCAGCUAGGCUUCUCCAUUGUGUGGGGAAAGAAGGGUUGCACCAUUCGGCGUAAGGGAAGGAUUCCAUUGGAGGUUACGGUGGUGAAGGGUUGUCCCCUCAUUGACAGGGAGAUUGGGCUCCAGUUGCUUCGGGAAUAUGAGCAGUUAAGGGAACCGGGUCUGGGGGUCUCUGUGAAAAGUGUGGGUCUCGACGGAGGGGCUACGGACAGCAGAAGUGGCGGGUCCCUGGCAUCUUGGUUGAAGUUGAAAAGGAUAAUAUCCUUUGGGUGCUUGUUCCUGUACGCAGUGGCCCAAGCGGCAGCGGAUGGUCCCCCAAAUCCCAGUGAAGGGUUGGCAGAUGCAGGGUUGCUUGAGGGCUGUUCAGUAUUCCCGGAUGGGAUCACAGAUGCGGUAGAUUUGGCGAAGUGGCCUUUGAAGAGAGCCGCAGCGAAUUUGCAUACAAGGGAGACUGGUGGAUUCGGAACUCAGAUCGGUGGGCGUCGCGUCCUGUUCGGAUGGGAGCAUCCACGUGAUCCUGAGGAAUAUCUUGAAGGGGAGCAAGGGAAGUUUGGGCACGCUAGACCUAAGACGACUACGUUUGCGACAACUUCGUGGUGGCUCUAUGAGAAUUUGGAUCAGCACUUUCUGACCCCGUUGCAAAGGGCGGAGUUUGGGAAGGGGCCGAUUCUUCCUCAGUCUCGACUUAAAGAGGAGAAGCAAUCUGAAGUAGAAGAGCGUCGCGUCUUUCUAGCUCGGCUCACAGAGGCGGAGCGGAUUCAACGGCAUGAGCGGAACGAUCAUGUGCCUUUUAGACGCGGGUGUGAGGUCUGCUUGGGAGCUCAAGCACGCCAGCGCUCGCAUUGGCGGGCUUCCUGCACCAACGUCCACUCCUUGUCAUGUGAUAUAGCAGGGCCGUUUAAGAAUGGACGCAGCUAUGAUCCGACUGCAUCGGGGAGGGAUCGGGGAGGAGGGUAUCGCUACUUUCUGGCUUUUGCCUUUACUGUUCCAAUCUUUCCGGUAGGUGCAGGGGUUGGGCUGAUCGAAGACCCUGCACGGAUGGCUUCGGUGUACUUAGACCCAGAGGGGAGUGAUGGCGUUGGGGAUGAGGACCUUCCUGGGUUGCUGCCGGUUUUCAGUCUCGGGUCUGAGUCGGGGUUAAAGGGGGCACCAGUAGUUGACAAGGUUACGCAUCGCAUACGUGCAAAGGGUCCUGAGCCUGCAGAUGUACCGGAUUCUCCAGAGGGUGACGUUCCUCCUGUUGUACCAACUCGCACUUUGUUUAUGGGGGUUCCACUGCGUGCCAAGAAGGCAAAAGAAGUACUUCCUGCGGUGCAAGCUGUAGUCAACAAGUUAGAAGCCUUUGGGUUUCCUGUGCACAGAUACCAUGCAGAUCGGGCGCAGGAACUUAAAUCCAAGGCUCUAGUCAGCUGGUGUCGUGAUCGUGGCAUUCACCCUACCUGGACGCCUGGGGAGUCUCCUGCAGGCAACAAGGCCGAACUGGCGGUGCAGCAAUUAAAGGGGCUUACCCGCAAGUUGUUGCAUGUGGCAGGGUUGGAUUCGGAUUUUUGGCCGUUAGCGCUGCUUCAUGCUAGUCGCCGCCAUUGGGUCGCUCUUUGUCAGGACUUAGGAAUUGUUCAGCCGGUCUUGCUACCGUUUGGGUUGGAGCUACUGGCUCGUCAAAGGGCUCGAUCGGGGUAUGAGUCGCAUUGGCGUUCGCGCGCUGUAAAGGGGGUGUACUUGGGACAUGCUCCGGAUACACCGGGUGGGCAUUUGGUCACUGAGGAAGCCGGUGAUCGUAAAGUGUUGCUAACCAACUCCGUGUAUCCUUUGAGUCCUCGGCAGGUGGAUCCUGCCAAGCCUCGUUUUCGUUUGCGCGACAAAACGACUCCGCAUUUGGUAAAAACUUUGGUCUUCGCAGAUAGCCUCUCUCUGGCUCCGCCGGUGUCUGCCAGGGAUGUGGCCAGGUUGGCACCUGGGGGGGAGUGGGAUCAAAAUGAUUGGGAGUUCGAUGGAUCCGAGUGCGAUUGGGACUCAGUGUCAGAUUCGGGGGAGAGGCAUUUGAAGGAUCAAGGCGAGAAUCCGGGUCGGGAAUUUCGAGAUUUCUGGUCGGAAACGAUGGGAAUGUUGAAAGUCUGGGACUCCGAAGAGGAACAGCGACCGUUGCUUGGGAAGGGUGUUAAGGAAAGCUCAGAGGUUACUGUGAUGCCUGGGGAGUUUCUUAGCGCCUGCCAAGCAGAAGGGCGCUAUGAUUUCGCGAGCUGCCUGAAGGUACUGCGUGAGUGUGUAAAUGGGUUUCCACGUCCUAGGAGACCGGGCCUAGAAGGGGAUAGGGCGUAUGCAAUCCUGGGUUUGUACUCGCAUGGAGGAAUGAUUGGGGUAACAAGUUUUGCUCGGAAGAAUCCAGAACUCACUCAGUACCUGAAUGGCUUUGGAGUUUUCAGGGUGGAGGUCUUUGGGUUGGCAGUGCCGAUGGAAAGGGUUCCAUUCUCAGAUGGUAGUGUGAAGUCAGGGCAUGUGUUGGACAUCCAUGAAAGACCUCAGUUGUUCGACAGCCACAUGUGGCAUGAGAGUGAGCCUUGGGUAGGGACGGAUCGUUGGGUACUUGUUGCCUAUGUUCCGGGAAGAUUUGAGGCUCUCGGUUCCGAGCAGCGUCAAGCUUUGGUUGAGCUGGGUUUCUCGGUAAAGGGCCUGUAUGGCUUGGGUACCGGGGAGGUAUCGGUUUCCCAGUGUAAGGCGAGCGUCUCAUCUGAAGCUUGCGACGAGGGGCAAGAUGCUGUCAGUGGGCCGGCCUGCUCAGAGUUUGCGAGUUCGUGGGAGGUUGAGCUUCCGUGUGAAAUUCUGGACCCGGGGCAGUUUGAGCAAGCAGUGUCAUUGCAUCAUCGGUAUGUAGAGGACUGCUCACGAAUUGCCGGGGAACUUGAUAGGGCAGUUGAAUGGGGCUGCGGGGGUCAGGUUUCCAAGUUGUUGAGGGUUGCGCGCUUGGAGUGUGGAUGGUUUGAAGGGGUACUCAAAAGAUGGGGCCCAGUCGAAGAAAUGCACACAAGCCUCAAAGGGUUAACCACGGACAUUCCACUAGGGGAGCAGGAACUAGAGGCAGCAGAAGUGUUCUUGCAGACAAGGACUGUGGGUCUGGAUGAGGCGCGUAAAGAGUUGGAAAAGUGGAAAGGCCCAGGCCAAGACAAAGUAACAGCAUUAGAGGAGACAACUGGGGCUGUAGAGCGUGUCACGGUUGAGCAGGUUGAAGAGUGGAUUCGGGCUGGUUACAAGGUUAUGCAGGUGCCUGGAAAGGCGGUGCUGACGAGAAAAGCUGGAGUAGGUAGGCGCCAACUACGGGCAGUGUGCUGUGGAAACUAUUUGCCAGCGGAGUCCUUAGGUCUUGCCAAGUCUGACUUGUACGCCGGAGGAGUAGAAGCGCUCACCGUGCGAGUCGUGCUGGUCUAUGUAGCGUCACGUCCUGACUGGUGUGGAUGCAUACUGGAUGUGAAAUGCGCGUUUCUAUAUGCUCCAGCGAGAUCGAUUCAGGAAGAUGCUGAGAAGCAAACCAUAAUAGUGGUGCGUCCACCGUAUCUGCUUGUCCAGCUUGGGCUGUUAGGUCCUCAGCGCAGAUGGAGAAUCAUUCGCGCACUGUAUGGUUUGCAAACCAGUCCAAAGGACUGGGCUUUGUAUCGAGAUCAGGAGCUAAAGGGCCUGCAGGUUUCUGUUGAGGAUGAGGUGCUGACCCUAUUCCAAGGAAUUUCCGACGACAGUCUGUGGUUUGCAAAGAAUGCAAAAGGGGAGGUCAGAGCUCUGGUGGUGGUAUAUGUAGACGACGUUGGUCUGUUUGGGCCUAGGUUGGUGCUGAGGGCGCUGGUUGAUAAAUUGAGGGAAAAGUGGAACACCUCGGAGCCAGUGUGGUCAAAUGACGAGACCCUCCUGAAUAUCUGCGGCGUUGAGUUGCAGCAGCUCAAAAUGGGCUGGAGGCUCACGAAACGGGCGUACCUUCAGGAGUUGCUUCAAAGGUAUGAGGUCGAAUCCACGGCAAGCGUGCCCAUCGCUCGGUGGGAUGACCCUCCGGAUGAGGAUUGUGGUAUCUCUGAUGUACGUAGGGCGCAAGGCAUCGUGGGUGCUUUGUUAUGGGCUAUGACUAGAUCUAGACCAGACCUUAUGUUCGCUAUCUCGAAGAUGAGUCAGUGUGCUACCAAAGCACCAAAGAAGGUUUUUGAAACUGGUCUUCAAGUUUUGGCUUAUGUGCGUCAAACCCUGGAUCUGGGAUUGGAGUUUCCGAUUGACGUUGGGCCUACAUUUGGGAGUCACGGCCAGUUAUCACUGCCUCGGAACAAGGGCGUGCUGGAGGUGUAUUCGGACAGUUCGCAUGCUCCUCAGGGAGGCCGCUCAAUGCAAUCUACCGUCCUAAUGUGGCGUGGCGGAUGCAUCCUCUGGGAAGCUUCCCGGCAAGCGUUUACGACCUUGUCAUCUGCUGAGUCGGAGCUAGUAUCGAUGAUCCACUCGGUUCAAGCAGGAGAAUCGGUGCAGCCCAUCAUCGAGGAAUUGACGGAGGAAGACACCUUGCUGUCUCUUCAGGGAGACAAUGCAGCAUCAGUGCGUGCGUUUGAGCCAGCCGGAGGUGGAUGGCGGAAUCGCCAUCUACGGAUGCGUGCAGCGGCAGCGAGGGAGCGGGUUGCAGCAGGGGCUCUUGUGGUUCAACAUAUUGCUGGGGAAUAUCAAGUUGCGGAUUUAGGUACCAAGCCGCUAGGAGGUAGUAGGAUCACGGCAUUGCUUUCCUUGGCAAAUGUGAGGGAGGGAUCCAUGUCAAGAGGUAUGCGGGAUGGUCUCAACACUUCAGCUCGAGCACUGAGAAGGGUGCGGGCAUGCGCCUCCCAGCCAGAAUGGCUUAGUUGUCCCACGGCAGCCUUGGUACUGACUAUGCUAGCAAUUGUGCAGCCGACCAGAGCUCAACCCAUGUAUCAAGAAGAGAAAUGGGGUUGGGUAUGGAUUGUCGCUUUUGGGUUGGUGAUGUUGGCUGCGGUGAUUUGGUAUGGGGGCUUGGGGCUAGCGGUUCCUGGUUCCUUGGAAGCUCGGGGGCAAGUUUGCGAGGAAUCGGAGUCGGGGUCCGAGGCGCCAGAGCCGAAUGGAAGCUUGAGGGAGUUGUGUGCAUAUGAGCCACAGGGACUUGAUGAUUCCUUAAAAAUGCCAGGGACAUGUGUCGAGAUUGGGGGGAGUUGUGGGAGCAACGAACUUCCGACAGGAGGCUUGAGGCCCGUAGGAACUGUUUUUCAGGGGCAGGCUUGCGGUUCCCAGGAUGGGGGGAGUUGGCUAGAUGGUAGGGCUUUAUCUGCAGUGUCAGUCCUGGAUGGGCCGUCUGAGCUCGCAUUUGCUGCAGCACAAGCCGCCUUUGAAGUUUCUCAGUCUGGGAGCUCAGGGCUUGGCCACGGUGAUCCAUUUGCAGUUGUAGCUUCGGAAGCUGAGAUUGCAUUUGCGGCGGCGCAGGCAGUGUUUGAAGCUUCUCAGCCUGGGGUUCUUGGGCUGGGUUAUGAUCCUUCCUAUGUAGAGGUAGAUUCUGAGGGGCAGUCUGAAGGGAGUGAGCGACUUGAUGCUGUUCCACAUCGACCCUCGGAAGACUAUCAGCCACCAAUCGGGUUCACCAGGCAGUUCUUUAGGGAGGAAGAAUCGUCCGAUUCGGCUAGUUCUUCGAGCACGUCGGAGGGGUUUGAGGGGGCUGAAGGUCAUGUAUCUUGGGAGGCGCGGGCUGUUGCCGAGCAGACACCCGGGGUUGGUGAUCCGGCUUCGUCUUCAGAUUUUAGCCGAUUCGUGACGACCACGGAUGGUAGAUUAGUGGCAUGGAGGGUGCGGGAUGAGCGCAUCCAUUUCCUGAGAAGGCUACUAACCCUAAGCGGGGAAGUCAUUGUGGGGCUCUUAGGAGUUGGGUCUGGGGAGGUUCGUUGGUUGAGGGAAGUUGCGGCCACUUAUCGGUAUGGGAUUGCGGGAGCGUGUGAGCGAUUCAGGAGUUUGGAAAAUGUAGCUCCAGGGUUCGUUCCGAGAGAGGGCGAUAGCGACCCAUUGGAGGGAAGGGCUGAUGCUUCAGAACCAGGGGCCUCUGAAACGACCGAGUCCUCAAGAUUAUCUUCUGCCAGUAGCGGUUCAGAAUAUUUUUCCCCAGAGGGUUCCGAGCUAGAAGCGGCUUCGGAGGAGACAGGGGUUUGGUUGACUGCAUCACUUGGCGUGUGGUAUCGAGCUGGAGCUGAAGGGUUCUGGAUGCGGUAUGUAGAUGACGUUGCGUGGGUUCCUUUGCCAGGGUGGUCUUUGUCACAAGUUCAAGUUGUGGUAGAGGGACUGUGCCGCGAUGACUGGUCUGAGUUUGAAGCGAUGAUAUCGGCGCCAAGAGAUGACAGCUCGGAGGAUUGGGGAAGCGAUCUAGGGUCAGAGGAGUCGUGCUUGGCAGUGAAUCUUUGGGCCCUUGGAUGUUCGAGCGUGGGUUUUCUUGCGGGAGUGAUAAGCACUAUGAUGUGGGUAGGAUGGAUUCAGGGUUGGACUUCGGUGUUGUUCUGUGUGUAUCUAAGCUCGUUUUGGGUCAGGAUGGCAGCUUUGUGGGGAGAUGGUAGCAUUGAGGACGGUUUUCGAAGGCUGGUGAUUCUAGCUGAGGAAUCUUACCUAUGGUUUCCUUUGGUGGGGAAAUCUGGUAUCGUUGGUUUGUCUUUGCCACGAGCGAAUUCCUGGAACUUCGUGGUGCUAAUAGUCCUGUUCGUGGUGUUUGGUUUCUCGAGUCCAGCAAAUGCACAAAUCGUGAUGGAGAAGGCUCUGGUGGGGUACGAGGAGAUACAGCCGGAGGUUACAGCUGCGACAUGCGAAAUCCAAGAGACUACUGAAGCCCUUGACACCUCAGAGGUUAGUCUAUGGUGGUUUGGGUUGAUAUGGUCAAUUUUUAGCGUUGGAGUUUGGGAAGCAUUUAAGUGGACUGUGAAGAGGACUAUUUGCCGUAGAAAAAACAGUACAGCCGAGAGUCAAACUGAAGACCAGUACGUCAUUGAACUUCCAUUGCCAAGCGGAGUGCCACAUAGGGCUCAGAUUUUGUUCUGUCUCUGGCGUGCUGGGUUCCACAUUGAUGUACAGCAGUAUCCCGAGGAAGUCCAAGACGAGUACCAUAGCUAUGUUGGGGCGUAUCUGGUUAGGGUUGACAGGGGUGAAGACUCGUCGGAUUGA